AUGUGCAGUGAGGACAGCGCUGGGAGAGUGAGUCGUAUCAAUGAUAUGGUGAUCGUUCAGCAAAGAUCUCUGAAUGAAUCCAAAUCUGACGCCACUGUCGGCACAUUGAGUUACGACGAUAUCUACAGUGAAUGGUCUAAAUGGAGUAAAUGUCGGCGCCGUUGCAAACAAGUGCGGACCCGACAGUGUGUGUCCAACGACUACUGCGGCUCAACCAUUCUCAAGGAGGAGAGGGGCUGUAGAGGAGGUAAAUGUCUGCUCAACGAAGAUAUGUCUACAUCGACUCCAGUACAGGAUGUGCCUCAGAGAGGACGAGGUCGGGCCUCGCAGUUCCGGGUGCUCUAUCACCUGCAGAGUUACGUCUACUCGCAGUGGUCUGAGUGGUCGUCCUGUACGACCGCGUGUCGCACCCGGAGGUCGCGGUCGUGCGAAAUGAAGCAGAUUUGCGGCAAUAGUAUCAUUCAGGAGGACGCCCUGUGCUAUAUGGCGGGCAGUCCGUGCGAAAAGCUAUACAAGAAUAAGAGGAAGAAUGUGGCCAACAGUGCGACGCCUAAUGUCGAGACCCCCGCCGCCAACACCACCACCGAAGAGGCAAAGGAUGACUCUGUCGAUGAUCUCAAUUGCGGAGUCAGCUCUAUAAUGACAGAUAUGGCCAGUAAUUUGCGUAUAAUAGGGGGCCGGGAGUCGACGAAAGGUCGGUGGCCGUGGAUGGUCUCCAUUCUCAACAGAUAUCACGAGCCCUUCUGCGGGGGAACCAUAAUAUCGCCUCAAUUUAUCAUAACUGCCGCUCAUUGCGUGAGAAGGCGUCUGUAUGUGAGGGCCGGAGAGCACGACCUAAUCUUUGCUGACGGAUACGAGCAGCAGAUCCGAGUGUCGGACAUCUUCGUGCACCCGGACUACGACGCCGAGACCGUCGACAACGACAUCGCCAUUCUUCGGCUGCGAACUCCGCUUAAAAUCAAUCGAUUCGUAGCGCCGGUAUGUUUGCCAUCGCCUGACGACGAGAUGUCUGUCAACAGUUUGGGAACAAUCCUGGGUUGGGGUAAACGCCGCAACUCAGCCAUGUUUGGCACCGACGUCUUACAUCAGGCACAGGUGCCCAUCGCCGACGUCAACGACUGUAAAGCCGUUUACGAGAACUACUUUAUCUCGAAUAAUAUGGUGUGUGCGGGAUAUAAGCGGGGUAAAGUGGACAGUUGUGCCGGGGAUAGUGGUGGACCCCUACUGUUCAGCAAAAAGAUAACGAUUGAUGAGAAGACUACGGAGAAGUGGUUUGUUUACGGGAUAACGAGUUUUGGUGAGGGAUGUGGAAGGAAAGGGAGAUAUGGUAUAUACGCUAAAGUUCCAAAUCUUGUGAAAUGGAUCCGCAAAACAGUUCAAAGAAAUGUCAAAUAA